GCACGCAUCGCCGCAUACGCCGGCCUUCUGGUGAGUGAACGUAGUCCUUUGAGACGACCGCGGAGCAACAAGGAGAUGAGCGUCGCUGCCGCAAUUAGGCUUCGCCAGCGAGAGACAAUAGCAUUCUAGGCUGAUCAUGCGGCCACAAUACCGUCGCGCGAUCUGCCCCCCAUCUGCCCGCUUCGUCGCUCGCUGCACUGCCUCACUGCACGCUCACCGUCCCGGCAUCCAUACAUCGACCCUCUACACACCCACUAUAUGCGUAAUUUGAUCGCGGCCAUGUCAGCUGACCAUGCUGCAAUAUAGCCGCCAACAGACUUCGACGCUUCCGCCGACACGGUCACGCGAACCGACCUCAUGCUUGACGCGCUUCAGCUGCGGCGCCAUACGAGAUAAAGUGCCUGCAGUUUACCGAUGCACUGCGCUUACCCGACAGGCCAGAUGCACUUGACAAAGCGAGAGCAUGACACCUUCCGUUGACCACUCGCCGCAAUUAUCGCUUCCAUCUUCCCUAUCCGGGAGGCGCCUCUUCUCGCGGCUUGCCUCACCAUUUACGACCAAAUCUCGCUCGAUCGCUGACUUUUACAUCGACAUCGAUGAGCCGUACAAGAACUAUGGGCCAGGGGAUGUGGUGAGCGGCAGUGUAAGGGUGCGCGCGAUCCGGCCGACACGCGUCACUCAUCUGGUAGUGUGUUUGCAUGGCUUUGCACAGGUUUACCGCAAUCCUGGUUCACCAGGAGAUGGUUUUCGAGGCAUUGGCGGGUACCUAGGACCUCUACGUGGAAAGAGGUCCGGUGAAUAUUUCGGCAAUGGCUUCGCGUCGUUGUUCGAGGAUGAGGUCGUACUCUGCGGCGACGGUAGGUUGGCGGACGGAGCAUACCAGUUCAACUUUGAACUACAGUUUCCGGACAAAGACCUGCCUAGCAGCGUGGAGUUCGAACGAGGUGCUAUAUCGUAUAUGGUCACGGCCACCAUGACGCGGCCAACCACUAUGUCGCCGACAAUGACGUGUGACCGCACGGUCCCUUUUCUGGGUUUGGUCGACAUAUCGACUCUUUAUCCGCCCAAACCGCGAACCAUUACGCUCGAGCCGCUGUCAAAACGAUCACGCACCAAGCAUCAAACACGCAGGCUGGUGGACCCUUCUGAGCGUCGCAGCCGCAAGGCAGAGUCUACUUACCAACUCGAAACAGACCAAUCGAGCAGGCUUUCUUCGAACCCGAGCAUGCGGACCAGGAGUGAUGACCACAUUAGCCCAGCUCCGAGCGAGGCAAGUUUCGACAGUACAGCCAGCAGUAGCCAGCAGGCAUCUGAUUCCGGACGAAACCGGGCAUCGGCAACUGGCAGUAGCAUAAGCAAGUUGAAUGCAAGUAAGACCUCACUUGCUGAUAAAACCAUCACAGCUGUGAUUGAGCCGCUCGUUGGAGGGUGUCUGCGAGGUGGCAACGUCGGCAUCCGAGUCAGUGUCGACCAUGUCAAACCGGUUCGCAGCCUCAAGGGCGUGAUAGUAACGCUUUACCGUCAAGCUCGCGUCGAUAUGCACCCAGCGAUACCGCUCGGACCGACGGAGAAAGGGUCUGAAUCGAAGUACGAGGAUUACUAUCCAAAGUCCGUGACAGGGCUAGGCGGCUUGUCCCUGUCCGGCGCUGGAUCAAGUCACACCUUCCGUAAAGACCUGGCCCAGGUUACGUUGCCAUUGUAUGUCAAUCCUGCAAACUUGACUGCAGAGGUAACUGCCAGGUUACAAGUACCGGCGGAGAUCUUUCCAACGAUCAGUACAGUACCUGGCGGCAUGAUCGACUUCAAGUACCUUGUCGAAGUCGUCGUGGAUAUUCAAGGGAGACUCGGCAGCACAGAGCGUCAAUUAGCAAAUCUCAUGGCCCUCACCAACAACCCGGCGCAGGCUGGACAUUAUGACGGCAGCGAGCCGUCUUAUUCACCCUCUGGAUCUGCGAUAAUCGACACGACGCCCAUUCGCCGCGAUAAGAGUGUUAUUUCGGCUUCAUUCGAAGUUAUUGUGGGCACGAAGGAAAGCGAGAAGCUUAGAGGCAAACGAAGGCAGGAGUCUGAGAUGGAAGCACAGCCUCCAGAACCCGAGGCCGACUUAUCAGUGCAACAGUACAUAGCACCCAGCACUGAUGUUGCUGAAGAAGGCUACGAUGCGAACGGGUACUGGACUCAAGAAGUCCACACGGUCCAUAACGGAGGAUGGUACCAUCCGUACGCUUAUCAGGAAGAGUACAACGGACAGGCUUACGAAGGUGCCGGUAUGCACGAACAUACGGCGUACGACGAGCCUCCACCGCCCGUUCCUAUGCCUCACCUUACAGACGAGUCGCAGAUGUCGGAGAAGGAGCGUAUACGGCUAGCAGAAGCGCGUCUGCUACCCAGCCAGCCACCAAGUGCAGAAGCGGGGUUUUCCGGCGGAGUGGCUGGAGGCGCAACUGCACCGUUUCUCCCUGGCGCAGAUGGGGCGGAAGCAGGUACUGUCCAUGGACAUAUCGUGUCCAGGUACGUUGCUGAUCCGCAAGCCAAUGAGCAUAUCGAUCCCGAACAGAGGCAACCAGAUGUCUCCGCCUCCUAUGCGCCUGCGCCUGCGCCUGCUUACGAGCAAUCUGACCCCGGUCCUGCGUCUCGGAUUGCAGUUCUCGCUGCCAAUGAUGACAAGAAUGAUCUUCAACAACGCAGGCUCGAGCUUGCGGCAUCAGCACCGCCUAGCGAGGAUUUCACCGAAGAUGCAAUUGCUGCCAACUUAUUUCAACCCUCUGCGCCAACGGAGGACGACGCAGCUUUGCCAUCUCACACUCAUGAUAGCCAUGCAGAAGCGUCUGGAUUUUCAGGCUUACCGAUGUAUGAGAGAUAAGAUUUGUUUGGAGUUUGGGAGUGAAGGAUGUGUUCAUCCCUUGGAAUGGUUAUUUAGACAUGUCGUUGGGCCCUGCUAGCAGCCAGACACGUGUUGGUAGAUGUCGAAGAUUUGCGGUUCGCACGCACCGAAUGCCUUAUCGUCUAUGUGUGUUGAGUAACAUCCAUCG